AUGGGAAAAGAAGAUAAUAAUAGUAACAAAAGGAAUACUGCUGCAGCAGCUGCUGCUGCAUCAAUCAAUAAUAGUGAUAAUCAUAAUUAUGAUCAAGAUGAACCUCACCAAUAUCAACAAAAGGAUAAAGUAGAAGAGGUACAAGUAGAAGAUGAAAAGAAAAAAGAUACCAAUACCUAUGCAACAAUAGGUAAUCCAGAGGAAACGAGUAAUAUAUUUUCGAUUAUGACGAUUGGUUUUAUGACACGGUUGAUGCGAGUUGGUCUAACGAAAACACUGACCUAUGAUGACGUCUAUCCAAUCAAUAAACGUGAUCGAUCUGAUAUACUCUACAAACAAUUCAUCAAACAUUGGGACAAGCAAGUAGAAAAGGAUACUAAAAAGUUUCAACAAAAAGUGGAACAACAAAGAAAAAAAGGAAAAGAUGUCCAACAAGGAGUAGACCUUGGAGACCUCACUGCAAAAAAGGCAUCACUCAUCAGUGUACUAAAUUCAGUCUAUGGAAGGUAUUACCUAAGUUCAUUAAUUUAUAAGUUUCUAGGUGAUGCAAGUCAAAUGGUUUAUCCAUUAAUGAUUUAUUAUUUGACAAAUUUUGUUCAAGAUGAAAGUGAACCAUAUUAUAAUGGAUUAAUAUAUUCGGCUAUUUUACUUGCAUGUUAUGUAGCAAAUUCUUUUUUCAUUUCUUAUUGGGAGUAUCGAUGUAAAAUUGUUGGUUUUCAAGUUAGAUCAGCAAUCAUUACUGCUAUUUAUAAAAAAUCGUUAAAUAUAUCAAAUUCAGUUAGAGAAAGUGAAAACAAAGGUAAAGGGAAUACAAUGAAUUUAGUUUCAGUAGAUGCUGAUAUGUUGAUGGAGCUAUUUGUUUAUUUCCAAUAUAUUAUUGCUUCACCGAUCCAAUUGAUCGUUUCCAUAUUUCUAUUAUUCAAAUUGUUAAAAUGGGCCGCUCUUAUUGGUCUCGGAUCACUCCUUGUAUUUUUACCACUCAACUUUAUUGCAUCAAUGAAAGAAUCUAAAAUCAAUGAAGAAGUUAUGAAACGUAAAGAUAUUCGUAUUACUCAAAUUACUGAAUCAAUUAAUAAUAUUAGAGUAUUAAAAUUCUAUGGAUGGAUUGAUUUAUUUUAUAGAAAAAUCAUGAAAUUACGUGAUGAUGAAGUUCGUGAGAUUAAAAAGUUAAAUGUAGUAAUUGCUAUCAAUUAUUUACUUUGGUUCCUUUUACCAGAUACAUUAACAGUAGCAACAUUUUCAUCAUAUGCAUUAUUGGGUAAUAGUUUAGAUGUUAGUACUAUUAUUACAGCACUAUCUAUUCUAUUUAUUGUUAAAUUCCCAAUUAGUUUACUACCUCAUAUUGUAUCGGGUCUCUCAUUGUCCUAUGUCUCAAUUAAAAGAAUUGAAAAAUUCCUUUUAAAUGAAGAAUUGGUUGAACCAGAUGUCAAUCUUGCCGGUACUGUAACCUAUGGUAGCCUCGACCACCAAAGUGAAUUUGAUUCAAGUAAUUUAGCAAUUUCAUUUUCAAAUGCUUCAUUUAAAUGGUCUUGUAUUAAUAUUGAUGAUGACGAUCAAGAAAAAGAAGAAAAAGAAGAAAAAGAAGAAGAAGAAAAAGAUGGAUCAAAAAAAAAAGAAGAAGAAUUUGUAAUUGAAAAGAAAAAUCCACCAUCAAAAGAAAAAGAACAACAAUCAUCAUCAUCAUCGGAAGAGAUAAUAUUAAAUGAUAUUAAUUUAACAUUUCCAAUUGGAACGUUGAGUGUUAUUAUUGGUAAUAUUGGUAGUGGUAAAUCAAGUAUACUAUCAUCAAUGCUUGGUGAUAUGAAAUUGGUAAAGGGAAGUGUAUCACAUCGUGGAUCAAUUGCCUAUGUUAGUCAGAUAUCUUGGAUUAUGAAUGGAUCGUUACGUGCCAAUGUUACGUUUGGUCAUCCAUUUGACCAAGAUCGAUACGAUGCUGUCAUCAAGGUUUGUUGUCUGCUGCCAGACUUGGAGAUUCUACCAUCAAGAGAUUUGACAGAGAUUGGUGAAAAGGGUAUUAAUCUAAGUGGUGGACAAAAGCAACGUGUUGCAUUGGCAAGAGCUCUUUAUUCCAACGCCGAUAUUUACCUAUUUGACGACCCACUCGCUGCAUUGGAUGCUGGCAUUGCAACCGAUAUCUUUCAAAAUGCUAUUAGAAAACUCGUUCCCUCCAAGACUGUCGUACUCGUCACUCAUCAAAUGCAUCCUUUGGAAUUCUCUGAUCAAAUUAUCGCAAUGUCUCAUGGUCAUGUUGAUUACAUUACAACUUAUGAUCAGUUUGAUAAGAGUCAAAUUAGUGUUUAUGAAUUUGGUCAUAAAGCAAAGGAAAAUCAAGAACAAGAUGAAGAGGAGGAAGAAGAAAAGAAAUCUUCAUCAGAUGAACAAUUAGAUGAAGGGGAUCAAGAUGAAGAAGGAGCACUUGUAGGAGAGGAAGAAAGAAAUGUUGGUCAAGUUAGUUUGGAUAAUUAUAUUCGAUACUUUAAAUCGAUUGGUCCCAUUUACAUUAUCAUGUCAAACUUGUUUAGUUUGAUUCCACCUGCGUCGAGUGUGUUUGGAAACUAUUGGUUGAGUCGGUGGUCAGAGGAAUGGCAGAACCAGAAUCAUCCCUCCCUUCCAUACUAUCUGGGUAUUUACUUUGGUUCGGCUGUCGUCAUGGCAAUCAGUAUCUUUUUAAUGACUUUGAUCAACUCGCUCGGUGGAUUGUACUCGAGUCAACGCUACCACAAAAUUGCACUCGACCGUGUAUUGAAUUCUCCCGUUCAAUUUUACGAUCAGAAUUUGUCUGGUCGUAUUAUUAAUCGAUUCAGCAAGGAUGUGUCGACUCUAGAUACUACCUUGCCCUACUGCUUUGCAGAGUCGAGAGAUGCUUUCCUCAAUAUUCUCGCAGUAUUUGUUAUGAUUGCAUGGGCUGCUCCCUAUGUACUCGUCGUCUUUAUCCCCGUUAUUGCUGGUAUGUGGGUCAUCAAAAACUGGUAUUUAAACAGUGCAAGAGAGAUGCAACGUCUGCUCAGUGUCUCCUUGUCUCCCGUGCUAACACACUUUUCCGAGACCCUCUCUGGACAAGUCAUCAUCCGUGCCUUUAGCGCAAGAGAUAGAUUCGCCAAUGACAUGAUGGACAGAGUCAACACCAACACUCGUAUAGGUCUCUACGAAUCAUUUAUUGGGUUAUGGGCAUUCCUUCGAAUUGAAAUGCUUUGUGCCAUCUUUGUCGUUGCAACGUGUAUCGCCGCUACAUUCCUUCGUAGUCGUCUAUCACCUGCUCUCAUCGGUCUCGCCAUCACCUACACCACUUCAAUGUGUGGUGAACUCAACUGGGCAUUUAGUAUCAUGACUCAAGUUGAAACAUUAAUGAACAGUGUCGAAAGAUUAGAGUUCUAUCGUGGACUCAAAGUUGAAAAGUCAACUGGUCUCUAUCCUCCCAAAAAGAUAAUCAACAAGAAGAAAUCAAACAAAGACAACAAAGACAUUGAACAACAAUCAUUAUUAUUAGAUCAAAAGGAAGAAGAACCAAUUGAAUUGAUUGUACCACCAAAAUCAUGGCCAUCACAAGGAAAGAUUGUUUAUAAAAACUAUUCGAUGAGAUAUCGUGAAGGAUUGGAACCAUCUCUAGUAGACAUUAACCUUGUCAUUGAACCAGCCACCAAAAUUGGUAUUUGUGGAAGAAGUGGUGCUGGAAAGUCAAGUUUCCUCCUUGCUCUGUUCCGUUUGGUCGAAGGAUUCGAGGGAUCCAUUGAAAUUGAUGGUUAUAAUAUUUCAAAGGUACCACUCAACCUAUUACGUCAAAAGAUUACAUCGAUCCCUCAAGAACCAAGUUUGUUCAAGAGUACUCUUAGAUACAAUCUGGAUCCAUUCGAGUCUUGCACCGAUGCAGAAAUCUACGAAGUAUUGGAUCGUGUUCAUGUACGUGACAAGUUGAUGCGUGGUAAAAAGAAAAAGGAUCAAGGAGACCAACCAGGCGCCAAGUGUAUUUUGGAUAUGGAAGUAUCUGAAGACGGUGGUAACUUUAGUGUUGGGCAAAGACAAUUGAUUUGCAUGGCAAGGGCAUUGCUAAGAAAAUCAAGAAUCAUUGUCAUGGAUGAAGCUACUGCCUCUGUUGAUUUGGAAACCGAUGAAAUCAUUCAAAAAACAAUCAGAGAAGAAUUUAAAGAUAGUACAGUCAUCACUAUUGCUCAUCGUCUCAAUACGAUUGCAGAUUAUGACGAGUUAGUUGUUAUGGCUGCCGGUCAAAUCAAACAAAUUGGUAAGCCCUCUGAAAUCAUUCAACUUGUUGAUGUUGAUGAAAAAGAAAAGGUUCAAUAA